ACCAUUAAUGGAAAACCCAAAGUCACUAAAAUCCCCCUCUCCCCCAUAAAAAAUUCAUGGCUUUGUUUUUUUUAUAAUAAUAAUAUUAUUAUUUAUUAUUUUAACUCUUCCAGUUUGAUUGUUCUUCGUUUUUGUUUAACAGAGAUUGAACCAUGGUUCGAGCUGUUGAACAAGAACAAGAAAGUAAAAAGUUGACGUCAACGAUACUCGAUUUCAAGGGUUCUAAUGAUAACAAAGGCGAAGGUGACAAUGGCUUGAAUUCAAAUGUGUCCAUUGAAGAAAUGGUCGCUGCCUUCCAAGCCAGAGAAAAGCAAUUAUUAAAUGAGAUGGACCAAAUGAAGGAAAAGUUUGCUAAAUUACUAUUGGGUGAGGACAUGUCUGGUGGAGGGACUGGAGUUUCAUCAGCUUUAGCACUCUCAAAUGCCAUUACAAACCUUGCUGCAUCUGUUUUUGGUGAACAAUCUCGCUUAGAGCCAAUGUCAACUGAAAGGAAAGCAAGGUGGAGAAAAGAAAUGGCCUGGCUAUUGUCUGUAACUGAUCACAUUGUUGAACUUGUUCCUUCUCACCAAAAAAACAAGGAUGGUUCUGACAUGGAGAUAAUGGUCACUAAGCAACGAAAUGAUCUUCUUAUGAACAUUCCAGCCCUGAGGACACUUGAUAGAAUGCUUAUCGAUGGUUUGGAUACCUUCAAAGACCAAACCGAAUUCUACUAUUUGUCAAAAGAUGCCUCAGACUCAGAAAAGGGAAAUAACAAGAGAGAAGAUGAUAAAUGGUGGCUGCCUACUGUUAAAGUUCCCCCGGAUGGUCUAUCAGAAGCUGCAAGGAAAAACCUUCAGGUUCAAAAGGAAUGUGUCACUCAAGUUCUUAAAGCAGCAAUGGCAAUUAAUGCUCAACUUCUAUCUGAGAUGGAGAUCCCUGAAAGCUACAUUGAAUCCCUCCCUAAGAACGGGAGAGCUAGUCUUGGAGAUUCAAUCUAUAAGAGUAUCACAGACGAAUUCUUUGAUCCAGAUCAAUUCCUUUCUAGUAUGGACCUAUCAUCAGAGCACAAGAUUUUAGACCUCAAGAAUAGAAUUGAGGCAUCUAUAGUGAUUUGGAAGAGGAAAAUGCACCAAAAGGAUUCGAAAUCAUGGGGCUCUGGUGUUAGUAUGGAGAAAAGAGAACUGUUUGAGGAAAGAGUUGAGAUCAUUUUACACCUUAUCAAACAUAGGUUCCCAGGACUUCCUCAAUCUUCACUAGACAUCAGCAAAAUUGAGUACAAUAAGGAUGUAGGGCAGGCUGUCCUAGAGAGCUAUUCAAGAAUACUGGAGAGUUUGGCACACACGGUUAUGUCCAGAAUCGAAGAUGUCAUCCGUGCUGAUUUACUUACACAAGAUCCACCAGAAUCCAACCCCACAAAAGAUGAUAGCCGGCCUAACUCGGUGCAUGCAGGAGAUGAUUCGGAGAGUACCAAUGCGCAGACCCUCUCGGAUUUACUUACAUGGACUACAGACCAAAAUGACAAUGAAGACCAAACAGAGCCACAACUAGAGACACCCAAAGAGAAUAAUGAUCAAAAGCACUUGACAAAACUUAAUAUGUUAAUUACCAAGAAGAUUUCUUAUCUUGAGAGCUUGGGUGGAUUAAGAAGUCCAACAUCACGCCAUUAACGGUGGAGAAGAUGAAGAAUAAGGAACAAAAGAGAAUAGAAAAAUGAAAAUGAAAACUGGAAGCAGUUAGAGAGAUAGUUAGAGGGUGAUAGACCAUGAAGUUCUAAAGCAUUAUCUAUACACCAUGAAAGCCAUUUGUAGUUUGUUAGCUACCGAAAUAUGAUUCUUUUUUUUUUUUCCUCAAAAUUCAUGUUUCUUAACUGUCAAAUACUAUUUAUUAUACCUAAAUCCCAAUCGCUAUAUACUUAU